AUGAAGAAACUCUUCAGCUUCUGGGGAAAGGGGAAGACCGACACUUCCCACAGCCGCUCCUCAGAACUGUUCAUGAGCAUGGCCAGUACUGACCCCAGCCUGUCCACAAGUGGGGGACAUCACCUUCAAGAUAAGCCCUUAAAGAAACUUCACAAAGCUGCCUCAGUUGGCAAUGUGCAAAAGUUCAAGAAAUACCUUGAACGCAAGAAACAUGAUGUGAAUGGGCAGGACAAAAAAAGCAGAACACCUUUGCAUUUGGCCUGUGCUAAUGGAUAUAUAGAUAUUGUGUAUCUCUUAAUUGAGAAUCAAUGCAAAAUUAAUGUCCAGGAUAGUGAAAACAGAACCCCAUUGAUCAAGGCAGUACAGAGUCAACAGGAGAAUUGUGCUAUGGUUCUUCUACAGCAUGGUGCAGACCCAAAUCUGGUGGAUUUUAAUAGUAAUACUGCCCUUCAUUAUGCUGUUUGUGGUCAAAAUAUUUCACUAGCCAAUGAAUUGCUUGAAUACAAAGCUAAUCUUGAAGCUAAAAAUAAGGAUGGCUACACUCCACUUUUACUUGCUGUUGCUGAAAAUAAUAUGAAUAUGGUAAAAUUUCUUGUGAAGAAAGGAGCAGAUGUUAAUGCAUCAGAUAACAACCACAGAACAGCCAUUAUGAUUGCUCUUACUGUUGAACCAACGAAUUCCAUAAAACUUCUUUUUCAACAAGAUAUGAACUUAUCCUGCAGAGAUAUUUAUGGAUUUACAGCAGAGGAUUAUGCUUCUUUUAAUGGCUUUACUAUCUUUUAUAAGCUAAUAAAAAGGGGAAAUCAUGUAUAA